AUGUUACAAAAACCUUGUAGUAACGACACCGAAAUUUAUCUCAUUGACCGGAACGGGAAAAGGCGGGCAUCCGGAGAUGUGUUUGUUCCAUUUAACUCUCACGCUAAAUUAUCUUGCACAACGAAUGAUACCAGCGGGAAGUUGCUGUGGGAGCGUCAGGUUCCGCAUCGGCACACAUUCGUUCCCGUGGAGGAAUCGCCUUUCGUCUCAGUCGAACAGAGCAGAGACAAUGAACUGAACCUCCAGUUAAGCAAACUGAGACUCAGUUCUCCUGUGACCUACCGGUGCCGUGGACCAUCCUCAGUACAAGCGGUUCAACUACAAGUUGUUGGAGCUAUUGGCUCCUCUGCAGAUACUGUUCCCAUCAAAAAAAGAAUACAGCCAGUUGGAAAGUACCAGUUUGUGAUAAAACAUAUAGAUAUGCGAGCCCAACCGACACUACGUUGCCAUUUUGCUGUUGGAAUGGACGAAACGAAUCAUACCUCGAUAACCUGGAGAGGAGGAUUGUAUGAAUCGAAUCCAGAAUUGUACGAAAGCUCGGAACACAUAAACGGGGGAACUACUGUUUCUAGCUCACUGAAGAUUUUGAAGAUAGUACUGGAUCCCCGUAUCUUUGACCGUUACGAAUGUGAGCUCAAAGUCUAUGGAAAGCCAGUUAAAUUGUUCGAGGUACAACUGGUCGGUGAGUUUUUCUCGGAUAUUACACUUACUAUUGUUAGAACUUUUUAA